ACGGCCGGAGUGAUAUGCUGAUGCCGUGCAAUAUUGGCGGAUCAUAAAGCUCUCGGCCUAGGGAACCGCGGCCUGGUUUAUCAUCGCACCUCUGGGUUUCGGGAUGUCCAGCCUCAAAGACAGCUCCCCACGCUCACAUUUUUUACCCAGCUGUCAAACGAAACGGAGUGCAUGCCACAGGGAGUGCCCAAGAUCAGAUUGCGUUGGUGGCGAGCCAGGGAUAUCCACGGAGCUUCCGAAACAUUAACUCAUCAUGCUAAGCGACAACAACCCUGCCUUGUCCUCCCCGCCCUUGGAGCCGCGCCCUCCAUCUCGCCCUGAACCCGCCGGCGCAUUCCAAUCGCAGGUGUCUAUCCCGGAUUACGGAUGCGCUUCCCCACGGCAACAGCUCGAGAAACGCGCAUCAGCACCAGGCUCACCAUCCCAGCCAGGCCAGAAGCGGCCGCAGCAUGGCCUGAACCCGCCGCGGCCGUCGCUCUCACCGCUGUCUGAAUACCACAGUGGCUUUGCCGAUGAGGACCUCGGAUCCACUUCCUGCUCCCCUUCUCCUUACAGCCUAGCCGAGCACCGCCGGCAGCACUCCUUUCCGAACUUGCUGCCGUUAGCUUUCAGGAAUAGGACCCCGUCGCCAACGAGGAAGGCGCAACACACACGAUCGCCCUCCGAGCAGAUGCCCUAUACCGGCGACGGGAGGAGCAACGGCAGGACGCCGGAGAGCCAGCGCGGAGGAGGAGGCCUGAUCGGCUGGCUGAGCGGCAGCGCCGGGGCGGCGAACUCGCUGGGCCUGCACGCCGCGAACGGAGCCCCAAAGGUUGGCACAACGCCGGAUACCACCCCCACAAGGGCCCUGCGAAGCGCCACCGGGGCCGGCAGUACGGCCUCGGACGCGGUAACACCCAGAAGCACCAUGACCACUGCCUCCCGCUUUAUGUCAGCCAUAUCCUCGCGCUUCAACCCCUCCACGCCCACCAGUCCAGCUUUGGCCGACGACUACGCCAACGACGAGUUCUACAACCUUAACAUCGAAGCGGCCCUCUUCCCCCGGGGCUCUCCGCCCUCCGACCGGGACCCCUUCUCCCCGUCGGCGUUCAAAAACCUGCAUAUGAACGCCAUCGGCCUGCUCACCAGGAUGCAGGCCGCCUACCGCGAGCAGGCCGCCGCCCUCCGCGACCUGCGGGCCGAGCGGUCCGCAAGGAAGGACGAGCUGGAGGAGGCCGAGACGCGCGCGCGGCACCUUAAGAUGCAGCUCGAGGACAUGGCGCGCAAGGCGCAGGAGCACCAGCGGGUGGUUCAGUCGCUCAUGGAAGAGCUGGCGGCGGAGAGGAGGGCGCGCGAGGACGAGCGGCGCGCCGCUGUUGCUGCUAGCUCUCCGAACGGCGCCGUUGCGGCGGCGGCGGUACCGCCUUCGGAAGGCGCGUCGAUGGUUUCGGAGGAUCUCGGCGUGGACGAGGAUCGCCGUCGGCGGAGGAGGGGGACUGGGCGAAGGAGGAGUCACAGGAAUAGCUGGAAGAGUGGCGUGUCAUGUGAGGAGGACGGCGACGACGACAGCGAGGACGACGAGGAUGAAAACGAGAGCGCCGAGAGCGAAAGCCUGUUUUCGCGCUGUCGGAGUCCCCCGCUGCCCGUCCCGCUCACGCCUGCUCAGACUACCGCAUCCGAGGGGUCGGUGGCAGGCGUGAUGAGCGGCGCGGGGACGCCCCACGCGAGGAAUCCGGGCGGCGCUUCGGCACAUGUGACGCCGAAGCAGAAGCCUGUCCAGCCGAUGAGCGCGUUUCAGAAGAUCCUCAAGGGCAUCUCCGGAGAGCCGGCCGAGGGUGCAGGGGCGAAAAACGGGUGUCCCAAUUGCCAGGGCCAGGACGCCAGUGUCGCGUGGGACACGGUUAGCCUGCUGAGGGACGAGAAUCGGCAUCUGAAAAAGAGGGUGGGAGAGCUCGAGGGCGCUGUGGAGGGCGCAUUGGAUCUGGUCAACGGGAUCGGGCUAUGAUGUAUUGCCCAGGCUGGUCUGGCGCUGCUCUUAAAGGUCUCCGGCGUUCGAGUUGCGGUUGUUUACUUUGUCUGGAUUCUGUGCAUUGGCUUGGGGUGUUGGCAUGCGUCGCCGUUUGGUAUAUAUAGACUGGCGCCUUCUCAUUGGGAUAACGGAGACUGACACGAUCGGCUGAGAGCAUUUAAAACAAAUAACCUUUAUGCUUCCUUUGUUAAAUUCGGCUAGAGAGCGAGUUCGUUGUUGGCCUCCUGUUGAU